UGGGAGGGGACUGAGGAGUUAUCAACUUUUGACGUUUAACAACGUAAACAGAGCCAAAAACAGAGCUACUUGAGAGCUGUUGACUGCAAAUUCAAUAUUUCAUUUUCGUUAGUGUUGUCGCCGCGAACACAAGUCUUAUAAUGAGAUUUCGAGUAAAUAAUUUAUUAAACUUAUCACGUGUGAUCGAAAAUGAUGCGACAGCAGGAGUUUGCGCACGUCCUCUGAGCCGGUUUCGUCGCACAUACAGCGAUGUGGCGAGUACAGCCGCCGUGGCAGCGCAAAGCGAGUCCGCGCCGGAGCCAGGCCUGGGACUUAACACCACCGAGCCGCUGACGGACCUGCACGGACGCCGUCACAACUACUUGCGCAUUUCGCUCACGGAGCGAUGCAACUUACGAUGCCAGUAUUGUAUGCCGGCGGAGGGUGUGCCGCUGUCGCCAAAGGGCGCGCUACUGUCACGCGAGGAACUAGCGCGGCUGGUGCGCGUGUUCGCCGCCGCCGGCGUUGACAAGGUGCGACUCACCGGUGGCGAGCCCACACUGCGCGCAGACCUCGCCGACAUCAUCCAAAGCAUCAAGGAGGGCGGCGGCGUGCGCUCGGUGUCUAUAACGACCAACGGGCUGGUGCUGACGCGGCGGCUGGUGGCGCUGCAGCGCGCGGGGCUGGACGCGCUCAACGUGUCGCUCGACACGCUGCGCGCGCCGCGCUACGAGCACAUGACGCGCCGCGCCGGUCUAUCACGCGUGCUGGCCGGCAUCGACCUGGCGCUGCAGCUUGGCUACAAGCCCGUCAAGAUCAACACAGUGCUCAUGAAGGGAUUUAACGACGAUGAAAUAUGCGACUUCGUGGAAUUUACAAAAGACAAAGAUGUGGAAGUGAGGUUCAUCGAAUUUAUGCCAUUUGCGGGAAACGAGUGGGAUGACAGCAAGUUGGUGCCGUAUCGACGUGCCUUGAAGGCCGUGGUGGAGCGCUUCCCCGACCUGCAGCCCGCCGUGCCGCGACCGCACGACACAGCGCGCGUGUGGCAAGUGCCUGGCUUCGCGGGCAGCGUGGGCUUCAUCUCCUCCAUGACGCAGCACUUCUGUUCUUCGUGCAACCGACUGCGUCUCACAGCCGAUGGAAACCUCAAGGUGUGCUUGUUCGGUGCGUCGGAAGUGUCAUUGCGGGACGCGCUGCGCACAGGAGCAGAUGACGCACAGCUCGACCGACUCGUGCGACUCGCGUUGCGCAACAAAAAACCGCAGCACGCCGGUAAUUAUGCACACCAGCCGGCUCCGGCGCCCCACCACCCGAUCUCCGUUCACUGUUGCACCUGUACUUGUAGGCAUGCAGAAUCUCGCCCACAUGGAGAACCGCCCUAUGAUUCUCAUAGGCGGCUAGGGUCGGCGCCCGGCCGCACCCUCAGAGAUGUGCCAACGUUCACAGCGCGGAGGACGGUGACGCCGAGCCGGCGAGUGCCGCGCGGCGCCGGCGUGCUGCUGGCGGCCCGCGCGCGCCUCCCCGCCGCGCCGCUCGCCGCGCGCGCCUACUGCUCCGCGUCCGACGACGAGUCGGGCGGCGCGCUCACUCACUUCGACGCGCAGGGCCGCGCGCGCAUGGUGGACGUCGGCGAGAAGCCGGUGACGCGGCGCGUGGCCGAGGCCGAGUGCGCGCUCGAGGUGAGUGCGCGCGUGCUGCGGCUGCUGCGCGACGCCCGCCUGCCCAAGGGCGACGCGCUCACCGUGGCGCAGGUGGCGGGCGCGCUGGCCGCCAAGCGCACGGCCGAGCUGAUCCCGCUGUGCCACCCGCUGCCGCUGGACUCGGUGCGCGUGCACGUGGUGCUGCCGCGCGGCGAGUGUGCGGCGGGCGGCGCCAUCGCGGUGCGCUGCGAGGCGCGCGUGACGGCGCGCACGGGCGCCGAGAUGGAGGCGCUGACGGGAGCCGCGGUGGCCGCGCUGGCGCUCUACGACAUGUGCAAGGCGGUGGACAAGAAGAUGCGCAUCACGGGGCUGCGCGUCGUGCGCAAGACGGGCGGCUCGAGCGACACGGCUCGCGAGGAGCCGCCGCCGCUGCGAGCCCACGACGAGUCGCCGCUGGCGCCAGGCGAGACCUACGCGCCCACCAACUUUGCAUAUUUUUGACAGGUGUAGUCUGGGCCCCGCGUUUGUGAGCGAAUGGACGCUCUCUGUACUCUCUCUCAUUAAUUGUCAGUGACUAAUAUUCAAAAUAUUGUGCCACAUAACAAGGUGCUGUGUAUCUGUCUGAUACAUGGAUGUGUAUGACUUGGACUAUGCAGGUUGUGAUUGUGAGCUGUUUCAUAUAAUGAUAUGUCAUGUUUACAGUCUUACUAAUGUUCACCUCUUGUGCACUUAUACUCCAAUGGUAUAAAAUAUAUGUGCAUCAGUUAGUGUGCUUUUACUGUGUGAAUGAUGUCUCACGGCUUUUGAUAUGUGCGGGUUAGCACAAGCACAAUAUGUGUAACUUGGGUGAUAGGCAAUCAGGGAUAAUAAACAUUUUAUUUAAGCAAA